AUGAGUGAAACAAUUACAUCAAGAUCGCCUCUCCCAGACAUGUUCCCGAGGAUGGGAAUAAAUGGGAUGAUGGAGCCACCACGGAGCCCGGUUUCAAGGUUGAUUUAUACAAAUUCUGGACUUGCAAUAUUGGCUAUGGCACAACCUACUGAAAAGAAGGAAGGGCGUAUGAACAAUGGUAAGAGGAGGGUGCAAUGGGAGUGAAUGGGUGAUUGUAUUCAAACACACCGGCCACCUCUACGCCUUAUUAACAGCCAAGAAUGGCUUUUUGUGAUGAUUGAAACCGUCAAAAAAAGGUACUUGACUGGGUAUAUACUUGACUGGGUAUAUGCUUCAAAGCCUGCCAAGUUAGUCAUAUUUGGUUAAGUCACAGGGCCAUUUCUGAAAUAGGACAAGAUUGUUGCAAUGAAAUUUAUACUUGAGCAUGGUAAAAGUGAGAAGGACAAGCAGAGUUUGAGACAAGAAAUUGAGGUGUUUACCUUAUUCCCGAUAAUUUUAGUUUGUGUAAUUCUAUUUAAACUUCAUCUUGUCAUCCAUUAGGUUGUUGUUUAGAUUAUGGAUUAGUUCAACUUUCAUUAAUUCUCUUCCUUUUAUUCCAUUUAUUUACUGAAAAAGAAUCAGUUGUAUUCUUAAUCAAUUAUGCUUUUGAUUUCUUCAAAAUGGAGCUGGUAUGUAACGAACAACUCAUAUUAUGGAUUUUGUUAUUUGACUUUGGUGGAAUGACGAACUAUUAUUAUUUUUAGCUUUUUACAACAACAUUUUGGGGAAUAAAAAUCGAUUUUUGGCAGAAUGGUAACAACUGAUAUAAACCUUGAUUGUUGUUUCUGUAAUAUGCACUACAUCAAUUAUUAUUGCAAGGGAGAAUGACUUGCUUCCUUCUAUUUUUUCAGGUAUGCUAUUCUUAUUGUUGUCAUUUUAAAUAGAUGAUUACUAUAAGCUUGGUAAUUUAAUGUCAUUUAUUUUUUUGGAAUGUAAUGACUCAUUCAGAUUCCAUGGUCAUUCCAUUCCACUCCUUUUUUAUUCCAUUCC